AUGAUUUAUCGAUUAGUUUUGAUCUAUUUUGCAGUAAUUGUAACACUUUCUGCUUUGGAAUGUUAUACUGGAUAUACUUAUUUGAAAUCACAAAGUGUCGGUGAGUUCAAAAUCUUCAAUCAACUUUAAAGGUGGGGGUAGGAAAACGGUUGAAAACCCUUUUUUGAUAGUACAACUGCGAAGAGAAAGUUCACAAAAAUUUUCUGAACCUCAUAUUAGUGGGCUCCACGAAUAUGGUGAUCCAAAGUACUGGAACUUGUUUCCUAGGAAGCCCAGCUGAUCCUUUCGGUGAAAAAUCUUUUCAAGCUUAAUCCAAUUUUAGAGCACUCUUUUGAAUAUUGGAAAUUAUUCAUUCACUCUCUCUCUCCAACAUAAGAUGUGUUUCAGGCACAAGCAAGGAAACAUGUUCUUCCCCAAAUGAUUACUGUUAUAAUAUGACAGCAGAUUUGACAUCCUUGAAUAAUGUCAAAAAAGGUGGAUGCUCUUCAACAAGAUGUUUCGUUAGUUUUUUUCUUCAAAUUUAAUGAAUUAAACAAUAAAAUGGAACAUUUUCAGUUGGCUCGAAACAAGUGUAUAACUCAAUCAGUUGGUGGAACUGAAAUUAAAUUUUGUUGUUGUAACACUGGAAAUUUGUGCAAUUCAAAAAUGACAGUACGUUCUUUCCAAGUUUUCAAAUUUUGCUCAAUAAAAGUUUUGUUUUUCAGAAUAUGACAUUUAUUGAAAAAACGAAACAAAAAGUCAAGGAUAUUUUUGGAAUGUUCGGUCGAUAA